AUGACAGAUCCAACAUUACAACAUACUGAUGAAUCUAAUCCUUUUGCCUUUACACCUAUACAACUUGCCACUUUGAUGGAUCCGAAAAACUUACCGUUACUUCAUGACUUUGGUGGACUUGCAGGUGUAGCACGUGGUCUUUAUGCGAACUUACAGUCUGGAUUACCAUCUAAUCCCGAAACGGAACAUAUCACUCAACGUAUCUUUUUAGAUGAUAUACGAUCAAAAGAAUAUACAACUCAACAACAACAACAGAAUACAACGAAUUUGGCUUCUCGAUCCUCUAUUUUUGGUUACAAUGUUUUACCACCUGUCAAAUCUAAAAACAUAUUCGAAUUAAUGUGGAUGGCCUUUAAAGAUAAAACUUUGAUUCUAUUGACUGUGGCUGCUGCUGUAUCCCUUGCCGUUGGACUAUAUGAAGAUAUUGCUCAACCUGAAUAUGAUGCUCAAGGAAACAAAAUACCAGGUGUUAAAUGGGUGGAAGGUGUUGCUAUCAUUGUGGCUGUGGUGAUUGUCGUAUUGGUAGGAAGUGUCAAUGAUUUUCAAAAGGAAAAACAAUUUCGAAAAUUGAAUGCCAAGAAAGAAGAUCGUACUGUCAAGGCUACUCGUGAUAAUACUAUUGCAUUGAUUUCUAUACAUGAUAUUCUUGUUGGUGAUAUUCUACAUUUGGAACCUGGUGAUAUUGUUGCUGCUGAUGGAAUUUUUAUUGAAGGUCAUAAUUUGAAAUGUGAUGAAUCCGCUGCCACUGGUGAAUCUGAUGCUGUACGAAAACAACCUUGGGAAGUAUGUUGGCGUCUAUCUCAAAUCAACAAUCAUAUUACUCAGCAACAUAAGGAUAGUGCUUUACAACAAUUGGACGAAAAGAAGAACACUGUCAGUAAAUCUACUUCUGAUCCUUUUAUAUUAUCUGGUGCAAAGGUGACCGAAGGUGUAUGUACUUAUUUGGUUACUGGUGUGGGGAUUCAUUCUUACAAUGGUCGUACCAUGAUGGCUUUACGUACAGAAUCUCAAACAACUCCUUUACAAGAAAAAUUAAAUGGUUUGGCUGAAAUGAUUGCGAAAUUGGGUUCAGCAGCUGGUUUGAUCAUGUUAAUCGCUGUCUUGAUCCGUUACUUUGUUGGUUGGAAAACUCCCGGUAUGAUGCCUACUUCUGCUACUCAUAUCGUUGCUGAUGUCAUGAAUAUUUUGAUUGUCGUGGUUACUAUUGUUGUUGUGGCUGUACCUGAAGGUUUACCUCUUGCUGUGACUUUAGCAUUGGCAUAUGCUACCCAACGGAUGUUGAAAGACAAUAACUUGGUCCGUGUACUGGCGGCUUGUGAAACCAUGGGAAAUGCAACCACUGUAUGCUCUGAUAAAACUGGAACUUUGACUCAAAAUAAAAUGUCGGUGGUGGCUGGUACAUUUGGUGCAUCGCUUCGAUUCCUGAAAGACGCACCGGAUAGUCGAAAAGAUUUGAUUGAUUUAACCAAAGUCAAGGACAAGACUCCAUCUCCUAUUUUGGAUCUCUUACAUGAUACCAUCGCUAUCAAUUCUACAGCUUUUGAAGGCAAGGAUGAAAAUGGACUCAAAUGUUUUGUUGGUAACAAGACGGAAACGGCUUUAUUGAAUUUUGCUCAAGAUACUGGUGCUCCUGACUAUGAAUCUGUACGCUCUAAAUACCCUGUGGAACAACUCUAUCCAUUCAGUUCUUCUCGCAAGGCCAUGGCUACCAUUGUACGUAUGCCUCAUCCUACUCAUCCUGAUCAAUUUAUUUAUCGUGCUCAUGUCAAAGGGGCAUCUGAAAUUCUGAUGCGUCACUGUGGCAAGAUUCUUUCGUUGAAAUCAUCCGCUUAUCAAGAUUCUUCUAUGGUAGCCACUCGUACUCUUUCUGGUGAAGAUCGCAAUCGUAUGGAUCGUAUUAUUCAAAGUUAUGCUUCUCGAAGUCUACGAACCAUUGGUAUGGCCUAUCGUGAUUUUGAACAAUGGCCUCCUUAUAUGUCUAACCAAGAUGAUAAUAAUAAUAAUGAUGAUGAUGUGAUGAAUGUAACAUCUCCUACUACUGGUGAAGAAGUUGAAGUGCCAUUUGAUACUUUGGUGGAUGACAAAGGUUUAGUAUUGAUUGGUAUUGUUGGGAUUGAAGAUCCUUUACGUCCUGGUGUAAAGGAAGCUGUCAAGGCAUGUCAACAAGCUGGUGUAUUUAUUCGUAUGGUCACUGGAGACAACAUGAUGACGGCUAAAAGCAUUGCCAAACAAUGUGGUAUCUAUACUUCUGGUGGGAUUGUCAUGGAAGGUCCUGUUUUUCGUAAUUUACCUGCUUCUGAAAUGGAUGCUAUCUUACCUCGCUUACAAGUCUUGGCUCGUUCUAGUCCUGAAGAUAAACAAAUUUUAGUCAGUCGUUUACAAGAAUUAGGUGAUAUUGUUGCUGUUACUGGUGAUGGAACAAAUGAUGGUCCUGCUCUCAAGAUGGCUGAUGUUGGCUUUUCCAUGGGUAUUGCUGGUACUGAAGUAGCAAAGGAAGCAUCAAGUAUUAUUUUGAUGGAUGAUAACUUCUCCAGUAUUGUUAAAGCUAUUAUGUGGGGACGAUGUGUGAACGAUUCGGUGAAAAAAUUCCUAGAAUUCCAACUGACAGUGAACAUUACGGCUGUAGUACUUACAUUUAUAUCUGCAGUGGCAUCUACCAAACAAAAGUCAGUAUUGACUGCAGUACAAUUACUCUGGGUGAACUUGAUUAUGGAUACAUUUGCUGCUCUUGCUCUGGCUACUGAUCCUCCAACUGAAGAAUUGUUACAUCGUGCUCCUGAACCUCGCUCUUCACCUCUGAUUACAUUCAAGAUGUGGAAGAUGAUCAUCGGACAAGCCAUCUUCCAGAUAACUGUUACCUUGGUCUUACUUUACAGUGAUAUCCUUCCCUUCGAUUCUGAAAGUGAAAUCUUACAAACCAUUGUCUUCAAUACUUUUGUUUUUUGUCAAAUCUUUAAUGAAAUCAAUUGCCGACGUAUUGAUAGUAAUCUCAACAUCUUUUCUAACAUUUGGGCCAACAAGUUCUUUAUGUUCAUCUUUGUCCUUUGUGUGUUUUUGCAAUGUAUCAUUGUGAAUUUUGGUGGUGCUGCAUUCCAAGUGACUCAAGUAGAUGGUGUGGCAUGGGCGAUUUCCCUUGUGAUUGGUCUAGUCUCUCUUCCUGUAGGUGUUCUUAUUCGAUUGAUCCCUGAUAAACUCUUCAGUUUCAUGUUCUUUAAUCCUGUAACAAGACAACGGUAUUUGGGCACAGACAAUAAAGCGGUAUUGGCACCUCCAAGUGUGUAUGUGACAGGCAAUGAUCGUGUGGCAUGGAAUGGAAAUCAACAACAACAACAACAACAACAACAGCAGCAGCAGCAGGAAAUGUCUGGUUCAAAGGCACAUAUGUCUUCGGAUAAAUUAUCUCAAGUAUCCUCUAUUCAUUCUGAUCCAGCUAUUGCAGCCACUCCUCCUGAUUAUGAAGAUCGUGCUUCAAUUACAAUUGAUAUGGAUAGCCCUGAUUUGAAAAAAUAG